CCCAGAGCCCCAGCGAAAUUACUGCGACUAAAAUUUAAGCGAAAUUAUACUUAAGGCCCCCCGCUCCACAAAUCCAAAUUCAAACUUUUCUAUUGCUAAUCUAAUCUAAUCUAAUAUGAUCCGGUCCAAUCCAAUCCGAAGGCUUCUCACUCUAGGCACACCGCGUUGCGCAAUCUCCACUAAUGUUCUGCAUAAGCUAACAGUUACAAGUAACUACUCUGACCCACUGAAUAUGCAUAAAGUCGAACUUCUUUAACUGCACAUUAAACUACAAUUCACAACUAAAACUCGAUAAAAUUUACAAAAUGAAUUAUAGCUUGAUUUGAUAAUUAUUCGAUUUUCAUUGUUGUUCAAUUACUUCAAAAAUUAACCUAUAUAAAGCUUUAAUUGAGUUACAAAACUUUUAACACACUUUGAGUUGGAUAAGUUUGACCACAUAGAUUUUGUUUAAUGUUCGCUUUGUAAUGAACGUUAAGUUAACCAAUUAAACGCUACACUUAACCAACGUAGUUGAUGUGAACCCAUUGAACAGGUAAAUUUAGCGUGUCGUUCGUGGGUCAUUUAAACAACCCAAUACCUAAACUAUGUUAUUCUUGUAACCCAUUGACAAUGUAAACUUCGUUUAUCGUUCACUUUGGUGUCCUAUAUUUCUGUAUACGCGUAUAUGGCAUGUAUUUAUUGUUCGAUUAAAGUGCAACAAUUUAGUUUAAGUGCCAAAACGAUCUCGUGAAUUUGACAGCGUUUAGCACACAAUAACCGAUCAUGGGUAUAUAUAGUGGCCCAAAGAGCCACUCAAUCACUCACUCAGUCGGUGUUGCGCAAUGUUUUGGUCUUUAUUUCUCAUCGCCCUUGUGUCUGCGGCUUGGGUGGCUGCACAGGAUGUGGUGCCCGAUGAUCCGGAAGUGCAGAUGCAAAUGCAUGCCAUGUUUUACACGGCUCGUGUUGCCUGUGCGGUGGAAAACAUGAUUCCGUAUGCUCAAACCUGUGCCGUCUUUGCUUUCCUGAGCUUGAGUCUGCAUUGUGGCAGCGCUCUUCAGGAUCAUGCCAAGGAUAAUGGCGAUAUCUUCAUUAUUAACUAUGAUAGCUUCGAUGGCGACGUGGAUGAUGUAUCCACCACCACACCAGCUCCUAGAGAAGCCGACUAUAUAGAUUUCGAUGAGGUUAACAGGAUCUGCAAUGCAAGUUUCAUAACGUCGAGCAGCAACGUGUUGCAGUUCAACAGCACUGGUGAACUGCCCGAUGACAAGGAUAAGGCAACCAGCAUGUGUUAUUUCAACUGCUUUUUCGAAAAGUCCGGUCUGAUGACGGACUACAAGCUUAAUACGGAUCUGGUGCGCAAAUAUGUUUGGCCAGCCACCGGCGAUUCCAUUGAGGCUUGCGAGGCCGAAGGCAAGGACGAGACGAAUGCCUGCGUGCGCGGCUAUGCCAUCGUCAAGUGCGUCUUCAUCAGAGCGCUCACGGAUGCCAGGAACAAGCCCACCGUUUGAGUAUCAGCAAAGGAGGCCCAGCUUGGACUAUUCAGUAGGAAACUAUAAUCUUAGCGGUACAAGUCAAAAUAUAGCUACGGCCGAUGCACCUAGUUGAGAAUAAACCACAGGCACAUGCAACUCCUCCGUUCUUUUCCUGCGCCCGCUAUCACGUGUCCUCGCUGCCAUCGUACGCCGCACUUCUGGUUG